CUCUCUCUCUCUCUUCCUUCUCCUUUCGCCAUGGAGACCCCCCCCCUCCUUCUCCGGGGAGGCCUGAGCUUGGUCCUGGAGGACGGGACCGUCCUGCGAGGGAGGCCCUUCGGGGACACGCGCAGGCACGCCGCCGCCGCCGGGGAAGUCGUGUUCCAGACGGGGCUGGUGGGCUACCCGGAGGCGCUGACGGACCCUUCCUACAAGUCCCAGAUCCUGGUGCUGACCUACCCGCUGGUGGGCAACUAUGGCGUCCCUCCGGACGAGACGGACCAGUACGGCCUCAGCCGGUGGUUCGAGUCCCACCGCAUCCACGCGGCCGCCCUGAUUGUGGGGGAGUGCUCCCGGAACCCCAGCCACUGGAGUGCCACCCGCUCCCUGGACAAGUGGCUGCAAGAGCAGGGGGUCCCCGGCCUGGAAGGAGUGGACACGCGGGCGCUGACCAAGAGGAUCCGGGAGAAGGGCACUCUGCUGGGCCGCCUGGUGCCGGAGGGCCAACACAGCCCGCACUUGCCCUUCGAGGACCCCAACCAGAGGCACCUGGUGAAGGAGGUCUCUGUGCAGGAGCCCCGCCUCUUCAACCCGGGAGGAUCCCCGCGGAUCAUGGCGAUCGACUGCGGCUUGAAGUACAACCAGAUUCGGUGCCUCUGCGAACGUGGUGCGGCCGUGCAGGUGGUGCCUUGGGACCACCCCCUGGACAGCGCAGACUUUGACGGGCUCUUUGUCAGCAACGGUCCCGGGGACCCCCAGUUCUGCCAGGAGACGGUGACCAACCUGCGCCGCGUCCUGGACCUGCCCAGCCCCAAGCCCGUCUUCGGCAUCUGCCUCGGACACCAGCUGCUGGCCUUGGCCAUCGGGGCCAAGACCUACAAGAUGAAGUACGGCAACCGUGGCCACAACCAGCCCUGCCUCCUGGAGGACUCCCAGCGCUGCCUCAUCACCUCCCAGAACCACGGCUUCGCGGUCGAGCCCAGGAGCCUUCCUCCCGGGUGGGCCCCGCUCUUCACCAACGCCAACGACCGCUCCAACGAGGGCCUGGCCCACGGAAGCAAGCCCUUCUUCAGUGUGCAGUUCCACCCGGAGCACAAUGCGGGGCCCACCGACCUGGAGUGCCUCUUUGACGUCUUCCUGCAGAUGGUGAAGGACACCAUGGAUGGGGGGCCGGACCCCAAGAGCGUCUCUGAGCGGAUCCAGCAGCGUCUGCGUUCGGACGAAGCCCCUCCGGACAGCGAGGUGGCCCGGCCCCGGAAGGUGCUGAUCCUGGGCUCGGGGGGGCUCUCCAUCGGGCAGGCAGGGGAGUUUGACUACUCCGGCUCCCAGGCCAUCAAGGCGCUGAAGGAGGAGAACAUCCAGACGGUGCUGAUCAACGCCAACAUCGCCACGGUGCAGACCUCCAAGGGCCUGGCCGACAAGGUCUACUUCCUGCCCAUCACCCCGGAUUACGUGGCACAGGUGAUCAAGAACGAGCGCCCGGACGGGAUCCUGCUGACCUUUGGGGGGCAGACGGCCCUCAACUGCGGCGUGGAGCUGACCAAGGCGGGGGUUCUGGAGCGCUACCGAGUCCGCGUCCUGGGCACCCCCGUGGCCUCCAUCGAGAUGACCGAGGACCGCAAGGUCUUUGUGGAGAAGAUGGAGGAGAUCGGGGAACACGUGGCCCCCAGCGAGGCCGCCUCCUCCCUGGAACAGGCGCAGGCGGCGGCGGAGCGGCUGGGCUUCCCGGUGCUGGUGCGCUCGGCCUUUGCGCUGGGCGGCCUGGGCUCCGGCUUUGCCAACAGCCGGGAGGAGCUGGCGGCGCUGGUCAGCCAGGCCUUUGCGCACACCAACCAGGUGCUGGUGGACAAGUCCCUCAAGGGCUGGAAGGAGAUCGAGUAUGAAGUGGUGCGCGACGCCUAUGACAACUGCAUCACGGUGUGCAACAUGGAGAACCUGGACCCGCUGGGCAUCCACACGGGGGAGUCCAUUGUGGUGGCCCCCAGCCAGACCCUCAACAACCGCGAGUACAACCUCCUGCGCACCACGGCCAUCAAGGUGGUGCGGCACCUGGGCAUCGUGGGCGAGUGCAACGUCCAGUACGCCCUCAACCCCGAGUCCGAGCAGUACUACAUCAUUGAGGUGAACGCCCGCCUGUCCCGGAGUUCGGCACUGGCCAGCAAGGCCACCGGCUACCCCUUGGCCUACGUGGCUGCCAAACUGGCCUUGGGCAUCCCGCUGCCCGUCCUCAGGAACUCAGUGACCAACUCCACCACGGCCUGCUUUGAGCCCAGCCUGGACUACUGCGUGGUCAAGAUCCCGCGCUGGGACCUCAGCAAGUUCCUGCGGGUCAGCACCAAGAUCGGCAGCUCCAUGAAGAGUGUGGGGGAAGUCAUGGCCAUUGGCCGGAGCUUCGAGGAGGCCUUCCAGAAGGCGCUGCGGAUGGUGGACGAGAACUGCCUGGGCUUCGACCACUCCGUGAAGCCGGCCUCCGACAUGGAGCUGGAGACCCCCACCGACAAGCGCAUCUUUGUCCUGGCGGCCGCCCUGAGGGCCGGCUACUCCAUCGAGCGCCUCUACGAGCUGACCAAGAUUGACCGCUGGUUCCUGCACAGGAUGAAGAACAUCGCCGACCACGCCUUGCGGCUGGAGUCCUACCGCCAGGCCGACCCGGGCGCCAUGCCCCCCUCCGUCCUGGCCCUGGCCAAGCGGCUGGGCUUCUCCGACAAGCAGGUGGCCCAGGCCAUCCUCAGCACGGAGUUGGCAGUGCGCAAGAUGCGCCAGGACCUGAAGAUCCUGCCGGUGGUCAAGCAGAUCGACACAGUGGCAGCCGAGUGGCCGGCCCAGACCAACUACCUCUACCUGACCUACAACGGGACGGAGCACGACCUGGCCUUCCGAGAGCCCCACGUCAUGGUCAUCGGCUCCGGCGUCUACCGCAUCGGCAGCAGCGUCGAGUUCGACUGGUGCGCCGUCGGGUGUAUUCAGGAGCUGCGCAAGUUGGGCUACAAGACCAUCAUGGUGAACUACAACCCAGAGACGGUGAGCACCGACUAUGACAUGUGCGACCGCCUCUACUUCGACGAGAUCUCCUUUGAGGUGGUGAUGGACAUCUAUGAGCUGGAGAGCCCCGAGGGGGUGAUCCUGUCCAUGGGGGGCCAGCUGCCCAACAACAUUGCCAUGGCCCUCCACCGUCAGCAGUGCCGCAUCCUGGGCACCUCCCCGGAGGCCAUCGACUCGGCCGAGAACCGCUUCAAGUUCUCCCGCCUCCUGGACACCAUCAGCAUCAGCCAGCCGCUCUGGAAGGAGCUCUCCGACAUGGAGUCGGCCAAGCAGUUCUGCUGCAAGGUGGGCUACCCGUGCGUGGUGCGCCCCUCCUACGUCCUGAGCGGAGCCGCCAUGAACGUGGCCUAUUCGGACAGCGACCUGGAGCGCUUCCUCAGCAACGCCGUGGCCGUCUCCAAGGAGCAGCCCGUGGUCAUCUCCAAGUUCAUCCAGGAGGCCAAGGAGAUCGACGUGGAUGCGGUGGCCUGCGACGGGCAAGUGGUGGCGGUGGCCAUCUCUGAGCACGUGGAGAAUGCGGGUGUGCACUCAGGGGAUGCGACCCUGGUGACCCCCCCUCAGGACAUCACCCCCAAGACACUGGAGCGCAUCAAGGCCAUCGUCCACGCCGUGGGGCAGGAGCUGCAAGUGACCGGGCCCUUCAACCUCCAGCUCAUCGCCAAGGACGACCAGCUGAAGGUCAUCGAGUGCAACGUCCGAGUCUCGCGCUCCUUCCCCUUUGUCUCCAAGACGCUGGGCGUCGACCUGGUGGCCUUGGCCACGCAAGUGACCAUGGGGGAGGAGGUGGAGCCCGUGGGCCUCAUGGCCGGCACAGGCAUCGUGGGAGUCAAGGUGCCCCAGUUCUCCUUCUCGCGCCUGGCGGGGGCCGACGUGGUGCUGGGGGUGGAGAUGACCAGCACGGGAGAGGUGGCCUGCUUUGGGGAGAACCGCUGCGAGGCCUACCUCAAGGCCAUGCUCAGCACCGGAUUCAAGAUCCCACGGAAGAACAUCCUGCUCACCAUUGGCAGCUACAAGAACAAGAGCGAGCUGCUCUCCACCGUCCGGACCCUGGAGAGCCUGGGCUACAGCCUGUACGCCAGCAUGGGCACAGCCGACUUCUACACGGAGCAUGGCAUCAAGGUGAAGGCGGUGGACUGGCACUUUGAGGAGGCGGCGGCGGUGGCGGCGGCAACGGAGGUCGGGGACGUGGCGUCGGUGGGCAAGGAGACGCAGCAGCAGCAGCGCAGCAUACUGGAGUACCUGGCGGAGAACCACUUUGACCUGGUCAUCAACCUCUCCAUGCGCAACGCGGGCGGGCGGCGCCUCUCCUCCUUCGUCACCAAGGGGUACCGCACCCGGCGCCUGGCCGUGGACUACUCCGUGCCCCUCAUCAUCGACAUCAAGUGCACCAAGCUCUUCGUGGAGGCCCUUGGUCAGAUUGGGGGCCCGCCUCCACUGAAGAUGCACGUGGACUGCAUGACCUCCCAGAAGCUCAUCCGCUUGCCAGGCCUGAUUGACGUCCAUGUGCACCUGCGGGAGCCGGGAGCCACCCACAAGGAGGACUUUGCCUCUGGGACCGCAGCCGCCCUGGCCGGAGGGGUCACCAUGGUCUGCGCCAUGCCUAACACCUGCCCAGCCCUCAUCGACGCCGCCUCCUUUGCCCUUGCACAGAAGUUGGCGGAGGCCGGAGCCCGCUGCGACUUUGCCCUCUUCUUGGGGGCCUCUUCGGACAACGCCGGGUCCCUGGGUCCGGUGGCAGGAGCUGCGGCCGGCCUCAAGAUGUACCUGAACGACACCUUCUCGGACCUCAAAAUGGAUAACGUCUCUCUCUGGAUGGAGCACUUUGAGAAGUGGCCCAAGCACCUUCCCAUCGUGGCUCAUGCCGAGAAGCAGACGGUGGCGGCCAUCCUGAUGGUGGCCCAGCUCUACCAGCGCCCCGUCCACAUCUGCCACGUGGCGCGCAAGGAGGAGAUCCUGAUCAUCAAGGCGGCCAAGCAGAAGGGCAUUGAGGUGACCUGCGAGGUGGCCCCCCACCACCUCUUCCUCUGCCAGGAGGACCUGGGGCGCAUCGGGGAGGGGCGGGGCCAGGUGCGCCCCACCCUGGGCAGCCGCGAGGACAUGGAAGCCCUCUGGGAGAACAUGGCCACCAUCGACUGCUUCGCCACGGACCACGCCCCCCACACUCUGGAGGAGAAGCUGGGCAAGGACCCUCCCCCGGGCUUCCCCGGCCUUGAGACCAUGCUUCCCCUGCUGCUGACGGCCGUCUCCGAGGGGCGUCUGACCGUGGAGGACAUCAUCGCCCGCCUUUACGAGAACCCCCGGCGCAUCUUUGGCCUCCCCCUCCAGGAGGACACCUAUGUGGAGGUGGAUCUUGAGCAGGAGUGGCUGGUGCCCCCCAGCACCACCUUCAGCAAGUCCCGCUGGACGCCCUUCGAAGGGAUGCGAGUCAAGGGCACUGUCCGGAGGGUCAUCCUCCGCGGAGAGGUGGCCUACAUCGACGGACAGGUCCUUGUGCCCCCAGGUUACGGCCAGGAUGUGCGGAAGUGGCCCUCCGCAGCCGCCGCCACCACAGCCCCCCUCCCGGUGCCCCCCAAAGAGGUCAUGAAGACCCCAGAGCGCGCCCACCCCUCGGUACAAGCUGAGGCCCUGCGAUCCCGAGCGGCCAGUCCCCGGAGGGCCCCUCCGGUGGGCGACACGCGCUUCUACUUGGCCCCCCGUAUCCACCGCGCCUCUGACCCCGGGCUCCCAGCUGAUGACCUCCGGGAAAGAGUGAUCAAGAGGACCGCCGAGCCAGAGCUGCCCCUGGUGCACGACGGGCCCCUCUUCCUCUCGGGCCCCUUGCCCCGGCAGACCUCCCCACAGAGCACCCCCCACCCACAGCCCUCGCCUUUCCUGCACCCACUCGUCGGGCAGCACGUCCUCUCCGUCCAGCAGUUCACCAAAGGACAGCUCUCCCACCUCUUCAACGUGGCGCACAACCUGAGGAUGGUGGUGCAGAAGGAGCGCGGCCUCGACCUGCUCAAGGGGAAGGUGAUGGCUUCCAUGUUCUACGAGGCGAGCACCCGGACCAGCAGCUCCUUUGCGGCGGCCAUGUUCCGCCUGGGGGGCUCCGUCCUGCCCUUCUCCGAGGCCACCUCCUCCUGCCAGAAGGGAGAGACCCUCGCCGACUCCGUCCAGACCCUCAGCUGCUACGCCGACGUCUUGGUCCUGCGCCACCCGCAGCCGGGCGCCGUGGAGCUGGCCGCCAAACACUGCCGGAAACCCGUGAUCAACGCGGGCGAUGGAGUCGGGGAGCACCCCACGCAGGCGCUGCUGGACAUCUUCACCAUCCGGGAGGAGCUGGGCACCGUCAACGGCAUGACAAUCACGAUGGUGGGCGACCUGAAGCACGGCCGGACGGUGCACUCCUUGGCCCGGCUGCUGACCCUCUACCGCGUCAGCCUGCGCUACGUCUCUCCCGCCAACCUGCGCAUGCCCUCCGACAUCUUCCACUUCGUGGCCUCCAAGGGGAUCAAGCAGGAGGAGUUUGAGAGCAUUGAGGAGGCCUUGCCGGACACGGACGUCCUCUACGUGACCCGCAUCCAGAAGGAGCGCUUUGCCACGGUUCAGGAAUACGAGGCAUGUUUUGGGCAGUUCAUCCUGACGCCCCACAUCAUGACCCGGGCCAAGAAGAAGAUGGUGGUGAUGCACCCCAUGCCCCGCGUCAACGAGAUCAGCAUGGAGGUGGACUCGGACCCCCGGGCGGCCUACUUCCGCCAGGCGGAGAACGGCAUGUACAUCCGGAUGGCGCUGCUGGCCACCGUCCUCGGCCGCUACUGACCCUCCUCCUCCUCUUUCUCUGCAGCAGACUGGUUUCCUCAAACUGGUCCCAGUGCUGCCCAGCUGGGCUGCUGCUGCACCACCAAAGACCAAACAGAAGGGCUGCUUGGCCUGGCAGGCAGGGCUCGUGC